UGUCGUUUUGCUCUCACACGCAUUGUCGUUUUGCUAACAAACUGACUUCUUUACAGUCCCUACACCACAGAUUCUGUUUUUUUCUCUCUUUCAAAUAGGAACUUCAAAUUUUUGGGGGUUUCAGGUUCAUUUCCCUCCUAUCUCUCAAGUCAGUGGAUUUGGAUCUGGAUCUGUUUUUCUAUUUUGAACUUGGAAAUACUUUGAAUUUUCUUUCUUUGGAAGAGUGUUGUGUUUACCUUUUUGCAGUUAGUUGUGAAGUUUUGAGCUUUAAGCUUUUACCAAUUUGGUUUUGGUUGUUGAGUAUGACCAUUGAUCCCUUCAAUCACAACACAUUAUGCAGUAAGAAGAUGGAGGAAGAAGAAAAUGAAGGUCUGAAAACUGUGGAGUGUCUAAGAGGGAGACUCCUUGCAGAGAGGCAAGUUUCAAGGUCUGUAAAAGAAGAAGCAGAGCUCAUUACCAAAAAGAUGGAAGAGCUGGAGAAACAUUUGAAAGAAGAGAUCAGAUUAAGGGAAAAAGCAGAGAAGAGAUUAAAGUUUCUGAUGAAAAAGCUUGAAUUCAUAAAAGGGCCACGCAAUUCUGAGGGAUCAGAGCAACAGAGCUCAUCUGAAGUUUCUUGUUUGUCAUCGGUUUGCACUUCAGCUUCCAAAGAAGAAGAAGAAACUCAGAAAAUUGGAGAUGUGGAGGAAAACAAAACUAAUAAAGAAACUAAAAGUGUUGCCUCCAUGGAAGAAGAGUCAAGUUCAAAGCUAAAAGAUGUUUCUUCUGGUGAAGGAAGUGUUGUUGCUUCAACCUCAAGUCAUGAAGAAGAACAACAGGCUGGUCAUGAUUUCUCUUGGUACUCAGACACAACUUAAAGAGUUCUUAGAGUCAAGAAUAUACACAUUUUCUCAUCCCCUAAACAAUCUUGAUCAGAGAACUGUAUCUCAUGGUGGAUCAUAAAGUUAUUAAUACUAUUAUAGUAUAGUAAUUUUGGGAAAGUUCUUGAUGGGUCUAAGGCAUGCAAAUGAAAGAAAGGUACAGAGAACAAUGGAGAAAGGGCAUGUGAUCAAAAAGGGGAUUAAUUAGGCUUUAGGACACAUUUGAGUUUGGCAGUAUUAAAUUCAAAGUGUUUAGUAGAGAUGGGGACGACACAACACACAUAAUGUCUGUCUCUUUCUUCUUGAUGUUUUUUGUUUUUCAAAGAACGAAAGUGACGUUUCUUGGAAAUAGUAAGUGAUGAGAUUUGAAGUAAGGAAGCAGUACAUUGCAAUUGCAGGAUUAGCUUGUUUGGAUUAUUUUGCAAUAAUGGUCAAAGAAAAAUUAGUUGUAUGAUUUUCUUAUGAGUCAUGAAUAUAAAAUUUGAAAUUUUAGUGUGUUUAGUGUUAUUGAAACCCUUUCGAAACAGAGGAUUUCAGAUUUUAGAUUGCCACCAAAGUUUUGCAUUUGAAUUUUUGUAAGAAGCAGACAUGAAAUAUAUGAAAUAUAAAAAAUUUCAUCAAUAUAUAAGAAAAAUUACAAAGAUUUCUUUCUAUAAACGUUUCGAAAUUCUUGAAUGGCGCAAGAAGAAGAAGUUCUUUAUUAUUUUAUGUUUUUUAAUGGGAAAUAAUAAAAAAAAAACUGUUUUGAUGGUGCAUGACCGAUCAUGGCGGAGAAACACUUCAUUGUCGUCCACAACUACCUCAAAGACAGGUGAAUUUGACUUUGUAUUAAUCCGUAUAUAAUAAUUACCUCCUAAUUAAUCGGUAAUCUCUCCCGUUGACGAUUUCUCGAUCUUCCAUUUGGGAUUUUUUUUCUCGUUACGAAACCGAUGAUCCCAGAUUUCAUUUUCUUCUUUUGAUCUUUAUCGUCGUUUCGAAAAAAAAUGGUUUCUUUUGUUCUUGUUAAAUCUUUAAAUCAAUAAGCUCUGUGUAGUAGAUUAAUCAAAAAAAAAAAAAAAAAAAAUCCGAUUGAGUUUUGUGAGUGUGCGGUGUGAUGUAAAGUAAAAGAAAUGGGAAUUAGAAAUAGUUUUGUUUGUGAAGUAUUAUGUUGUUAUCUUUGGUGAGCAAGCGCUCACUGGAGGUAGAUUCCAGGUUGGUUUCUCAAAUCAUUUCGUGAUUAAUCGUAUUAUUACACACAUUAAUUAUGUCAUCAUCAUCACAAAGAAUUUGAUUACAGGGACGCCUAUGGAUUUGCCUUGAGACCUCAACACGUUCAAAGAUAUCAAGAGUACCUUAGCAUCUAUACGGAAGAAGAGACAGAGAGGGGAGAGAAAUGGCAAAACUUUCUUGACCGGUUAGACGAACCAGCUGAACAUUGUUCCUCGGAAGAUGAGUUUCAGGAUCCAUUGCAGGCUGAUGGUGUGGAGUCUAGAGAGGAGAGUGAUUCAGAGGAGGAUGGUUCAAGAAACAGUAAACAUGACUCUGAUCACUCAUCAGAAUCUGAGGUUGAACAAGAUAGCUCUGAAACAGUUGGUGAGCUUUCAAAAGAGAAAGAAGCAGCCGAGGAGGUUCAGGUUCCUGAAGAGCAGAAAUAUUUGAAGGAGAAGAGUCUUGAAAAGAAAAGCCAACCUGUGAAGGAUGAUGAUGAUAAGGAGAAGGAUAAAGACAAGGAGUUUUCAGUCGAAAGUGAAUCUGAUGACGAGAAACAAUCACAAUCAGUGAAAGAACCUACAGAUCAUGAACCUAUUCAACAAGAAAAGCCUGUGGCAGAAGCAGAAAAAUGUGGAUUGGAACAUGAGAAAGGAGAAAAAGAAACGAAACCCCGUUCAGUUAUUGAAUGGGCUAAUAUUAGACAUUGUCUUGCGUCCAUAGAGGAUAUGAUGUGCACUCGUGUUAAGAACGUCAAGUAUAUGGAAAACAGGAAGAGCAAUUCAGUAGCAGAACAUGGUUCAUCGAUAAACAAAUCACUGUCCUCCAUUGGAGAAACUGAACAAAACUCUGGAGAAAAGGACAGUGACAGUGAGACUGAGACUGAGACUGAGACUUCCACAGGCAGAUGCGAUUCAGUAAAGGAAAAAAAUGAUGCUCACGGUGGUAGUGUUUCUCCAGAGCCGUUUUUCCCUUGGUAUGAAGAACUUGAGGUACUUGUUCGUUUAGGAGUGCCUAAGGAUCUCAGAGGGGAGGUGUGGCAAGCGUUUGUAGGUGUAAAGGCAAGACGAGUUGAGAGGUACUAUCAGGAUUUGUUGGCACAAAUAACUAACUCUGAUGAAGGCAGUGAACAUUCAAGCUCAUCUGAUGUCCAAAGAAAGUGGAAAAAACAAAUUGAAAAGGAUAUACCUCGGACAUUCCCAGGUCACCCUGCUUUGAAUGAUAAUGGUCGAGAUUCCUUGAGACGGAUACUUCUCGCUUAUGCUUGUCAUAACCCAUCUGUUGGAUACUGCCAGGCUAUGAACUUUUUUGCUGGCCUGUUGCUUCUGUUGAUGCCAGAGGAAAAUGCAUUUUGGACUUUGGUUGGAGUUAUUGAUGAUUAUUUUGAUGGCUACUAUACAGAAGAGAUGAUAGAAUCUCAGGUUGAUCAGCUAGUCUUUGAAGAGUUGAUGCGAGAAAGAUUUCCAAAGCUCGUUAAUCAUCUGGAUUACUUGGGAGUGCAGGUUGCAUGGAUAUCUGGGCCAUGGUUUCUAUCCAUUUUUGUUAAUAUACUUCCUUGGGAAUGCGUUCUGCGGAUGUGGGAUGUGCUUCUCUUUGAAGGAAACCGUGUAGUGUUGUUCCGGACAGCUUUUGCUUUAAUGGAACUAUAUGGUCCUGCAAUUGUAGCUACAAAAGACGCAGGAGAUGCGAUUACUUCAUUACAGACACUUGCUUGUUCAACAUUUGAUAGCAGUCAGCUUGUUCUGACCGCAUGCAUGGGUUACUUAUCGACGAACGAGGCUAGACUAGAGGAGCUGAGGAAGAUACAUAGACCAGCGGUUCUAGAGAUUGUUGAGGAAAGAAUACACAAGGGUCGAGUCUGGAAAGACAAAAAGGGUCUGGCUUCUAAGUUAUAUAGCUUUAAACAUGAAGGAUCUAUUCUAGAUGAGCAAAAGCCUACUCAGAGGAACGAUGGUGAGAAUCCAGAUGACGAUGAAGCUCCUGCUCCCAGUAGCUCCAUGGAUCUGGAUGCUGCAAAUGUAGAUUCUGAAUUAGACUCUUUACCAGAUCUUCAAGAGCAGGCGGUAUGGUUGAAGGUUGAACUAUGCAGACUGUUGGAAGAGAAAAGAUCAGCUGUAUUAAGAGCUGAGGAGCUAGAGAUUGCUUUCAUGGAGAUGGUCAAAGAAGACAACAGACUGGAAUUAAGUGCACGGGUUGAAGAACUGGAAAAGGAAGUCAGAGAACUAAAGCAAGUCCUUUCUGACAAGAAAGAACAAGAAACAGCAAUGCUUCAGGUUCUGAUGAGAGUUGAGCAAGACCAAAAGCUUACAGAAGAUGCUCGGGUAAGUGCAGAGCAGGAUGCAUCUGCACAAAGAUAUGCAGUACAAGUGCUUCAGGAAAAGAAUGAGAAGCUUGUGGCUCAACUCGCUCUAAUGGAGAAGAGAGUAGUUACAGCAGAAACAACGCUAGAAGCUACUCUGCAAUAUGAAUCAGGUCAAAACAAAGCACAAUCGUCUCCAAGGUUUGCUCGUACUCAAGGUUCUCCACAGGAGACCCUUAAAAAGAAGACAGGCUUCCUAUCAUUUGGGCUUGGCUGGCGCGAGAGGAACAAGGCGAAACAACCUGAAGAAUCAAAUGAUGACAACACUAGUAAUGCAACAACUGAAGCCAAAUCUCCAUCACAAGAAAGCAAAUCCCAAGAUCUCUUAAAUCUGGAGACAAGACGCUAACUGACAAAAGAGUCAAAUCUAAGCUUCUCCAUCUUUAGGAGCUUGAUACCUGCAAACAGUAAAAAUGAAGAAAGUGUUUCCUCAAAUUAUAAUUAGAAUAGUAUGCACAAAAGAGUGAUUCAUAUUUAAGUAACAAUUUUUACAAAUAACUCAAAUAGAAUUCUUAUUGAAUCACUUGACAUGUCUUUUCUUCUUGUUGGCAUAUUCUAGUUUACUGUUACUGUGGCCUUUGGUUAUACAAGUUUUUGAUCUUGGGUUGGUGUUUGAUCGCAUCAUCGUUUUUGAAAGUUGAGUUUGGCAACACAGAAAGCAAACAUAGAAGCCAAUGCAAUUGGGAAUGAGAUGAGAACAAUGGCUGUAACCAUCAAACGAUCAUGAUGGAAUCCGAAAUAGUCCUCUAAGAAUCUCGCAACGGUCGUGGAUUCUCCAAACGCAUUGAUCUCAUCAUGAAUAUCGCCGUACUGAGACGAGAAAAACAUGUUGAGCGUCCACGAGGUUGGGGUUAGAUAGUAAAACCAGACCCACCACUUUGGGAUUUGCUGUCCAGGGAUCAAGAAUCCUGCGAAUAGGUUGAAAGUAACGAAGAAUAGCGACUGGAGAAUAGCUGCGACCAUGAAGUUUGGAGUGAUGGAGAUGAGGAACAGUGCGAGGUAGUUGAAGCAGAGUAAGUUGCAGAACAUUGAGUAGAGACAACAGAAAACUUUGUAGGCAGAUGCGUAUAAACCCAUCAUAGGAUAUAAUAUGAUCACAAACUCUGCGCUUUGUAUGAAAAUGUAAGGAAUCUCGGUCACAACCUGAGCCAACGCAAACGCGAACGCAGAGUACAUUCCGGCGAAUCUUUCCCGGUACAUAACGUUACGCUCUGUCUCAAAAUACUGUAAAGCUGAAGUACAGUUGUUUACCCCUAAGAAGAGCACAAGUCCAUAAAUCGCUCCGAGAACUGUAAACAGAUUCUGUUGAGUAUCUCUCUUUUGUCCUUGGUUCCAGAAGAGUACACCGAAGAUCAAAGAAGAGAUGAAAGUGUGACCGAUUCUCAACAAGUUGUAAGAAGGACUUCUCCAGUAAGACAAACUCAUCUUCCAUAGACAAGAUUUGAACUGUCCCCACCAGUUCUGUGCAAAUGUUCUCUUGAAAUGCAAAUCGGUUGAACCGGGAUCCGGUUUGCUCAGCUCUUUGGCUAGCUCAGAGUUGCUCUUGUAAAGAGCUGAUUCUUUGUAGAUUUUUGCAAAAUCUAUGUUCAGUUCAGUCUCUACAGACUGUGAAGUGACCUCAAGCAUCCAUGUUGCUGGAUUGUAGUUGUCUCUAAUCUUAGCAACUCCAGGUAUACUCUGAAAAUAUUGAAUGACAUUAGAAGAAUGUUGUCCAAGUGGUCCAGUGUAAAUCAUUCGACCUCCUCUCUUCAGAAGCACCUUACCUCGUCAAAGGCUUCAAAAAUGUCGAUACUGGGCUGAUGAAUAGUGCAGACAAUUGUUCGUCCAGUCUCGGCGACGUUCUUCACAGCUCUCAUUACGAUGGCGGCUGCUCUUGCGUCUAGCCCCGUCGUUGGUUCGUCCAUGAAUAUGAUUGACGGAUUCGCCACCAACUCCACCGCUACCGUCAACCGCUUCCUCUGCUCCGUCGACAGUCCGCUCACGCCGGCGACUCCCACCAUCGCGUCCUUGAUCUCCUCCAGCUCGAUCGUCUCCAGAACUUGCUUCACGAAUCUCUGCAACGAAUUUUUCAGGCGAAUUACUUUCUCGAUCUCUUAGGUCAAUGUUGAUUUUAGGAUCCAAGGAUUACGAUUUUGGUUUUGGAAUCGAUUUCUGGAACUAGACGGAGCCAGGCGGAGUAAAUUAGGGAUUCCUCGACGGUGAUGUUUGGUGAGUGUAUAUCCGUUUGCUCGCAGUAGCCUGAGACUCUUGCGAAUGUUUCCUGCACUUUAGGGAAUCCGCUGAUUCUGAUGUCUCCUUCGAUGUACCCGCUUGUUUUUCUUCCGGCGAGAACGUCGAGCAGAGUUGUUUUCCCGGCUCCGCUGAUUCCCAUCAACGCCGUUAGAACGCCUGGCCUGAAAGCUCCGGUGAUGUCUGAUAGAAGCUGCAACUUCUUCUCAGUGUACCCUUGACCUCUCAUCUCCUGAGAUUAGCAAAAUACCAUGGCUUAUGAUUUGGUGGCCACUGCAAUUACGAAAUGGUUGUGAACCAAGAAUGAGCAGAAGAUUUUACCACAGGGACGUCGACGUAAUAGUUCAAGUCUUGAAAUGUUAUGGUGAAUGGCUUAAAAGCUCAGAGAGCUUGUCUUGGGAAAUCAUGGCACGAUAUGAAGUGGGAGCUGUCAAUGUUUUAAAAGAAGCUCUUCAGUAUAUGCUUUCUUUCUGUGGCAUCUUAUCGAUAUUUUGAACUUACAUUUCAAGAAACUCAGGGCAAGAGUGAAAAUGGUGUUGAAGAUAACAGUGAGACCCAGCAAGGCACAUAAUGAGACCCAAUACAUGUAAUCAUCAUAGUUCAGUCCUCGGCUUUCAAGUAUGGUUCUCCCUAAGGUAACAUUUGUGGGUUGCAUCUACAAAACAUAACCGGAAGAUAGAUUAGUCUUGGAGGAUGAAGAGAAGUUUGGAUGAUUAAGUAGGGGAACAGAGAAUCACUUGCUGCCACCGUGGAGCUAGAAAUUCGUUUACAGAGAGACCUAUCUCGGCGUAACUUAUAGGAUUUACCCAGAAGCCCCACUUCAGCCACACCGGCAUAUCGGCUGCACCAAACCAGUGUCAUGUUUUAAUGGAUCUUUUAGAACAAAGGUUGCAAAGAAAAGAGCACAAAAGUCUUACUGUAGGGGAUGGCGAAACCGGCGAAUACAAAGGUGACUAAUAUGGCAAAACUACCAGCUGUCAUUGAGGCGACUCCUGUCUGAAAGAUUGCAGCUAUACACCGAAACAUGGAUAUCGAUGUGAAGUGAACAGCAAAGAGCAUAAUGAAAUGCCUGACGAACCUGAAACAUCGAAUAUCAUUAUUUCACAUUUCACAGUUAUGUGACAUUCUCAGGCUUGGAUGUGAAUUGGAGAUGGUUUAAAAGCUCUCACCUGGAGAUUUCAGGAGUGUAUCCGAUGACAUAAUAAGUGAGGCAGGUCCAAACGAGAGAUUCGAAGAAGGAGAGGGGGACCUUUAACACUGUUGCAGGGAUUGCAUAAGCCCAAGCUGGAUAGAAACACAGUUGCUUCUGCUUGUAGAAUACGGCAAGGCGUUGAACAGUCAUAGAAAGCUCUGGAACACCAUCAACCAUAAGUAUGACGGUUGCAAAAAACAGGCAACUGAUGUAAGAAUUUCCAUGAAUGAUAUCUAUGCCCAUCCGUGUUCGAAUAAACACGGUCAUGGUGAUGAUUGCUGCCAGAACAAGCUGUGCAACAUAAAAGCAAGAAUGGGUCUUCAAGACUAACACAUUGAAGGAAAUAGCUCUGAAAGAAGACAAAGAGGAGAGAGGUAUCUGCAAAAAGGGAAGAACGCAACCUGAAACGUCUUGAAGAGGUAGACGAAAUAGUUUCUCUUCAUGAGAAGAAACUCUCUUGAGAUGCAUGCUCUGAACAGCUCCCAUUUCGGAAGAGAAUACACAUUGAAGGAAAGAGCAUCCUUGUGGGUUUUUGAUCUAUCAUAUGGCUUAGAGAGGGCUUCUUCUAUCUUUCUCCCAAUCUCCAAGUCCUUAAAUCUCUUCGACAGUGUGUCUACUGAGAAAAAGCUAUGUGGUAAGUCCUGGUGCAGCCAGUACUGUCCUUGGUCUUUUCUAGAUAGAACCUGCAAAGCAAAACAACUGAUGAGGACCAUGGGAUCAAAAGGUCACUGUCAGGGGACAGAACUUUGGCUUUUUACCUCCUGGAGAAAAUCUGCUACACCUUUCCUUUCUGGGCAUCGAAAUCCACAUUCCUCAACGAAUUUCAAGACCUCGCCGCGUGGACCGUGAUACACGAUUUUUCCUUCAGCCAUCAGCACGAUAUCGUCAAAGAGGUCAUAUGUUUCUGGAGCAGGUUGAAGAAGGGAAAUAACCACAGUUGCAUUGGUAAUAUGAGCCAGCUGCUGAAGUGACUUGACAAUCUGAAACGCCGUGGAACUGUCUAAGCCGUUUGUUAUUUCAUCCAUGAACAGAGCUUUUGUUGGACCAACGAUCAUCUCGGCUGCAAACACCUCUGUUUUAGAAAACAGGCAAAAAAGAUAGCCGUUUUUCAGGAUUCUUAGCUAUGAACCAACCUGUGGUAAGACGUUUCUUUUGCCCCCCAGAUAUGCCUCUUCUCAUCGCAUUGCCAAUCAAUGUUUCUGCACAAAUGUCAAGCCCGAGGAUCUGAAAAGCCAAUACAAGACAUCAUUAAGAAGCUGAUCAAGAAGGAACAGAAAUCUGAAUUGUAUCAGAGAAACUACCUUCAAGAUGUAAUCUGUUUGCAGACUUCUUUUAAGUCCUCUAACCGAUAUUGCCUACACAAUGGCAUCACAAAAGGUUAUAAUCAACCGCCAAGCGUCAAGAUCAGUAUCAACAUAAAACUUCAGAAAUGCACCUUCAUCAGAGAGAAAUGUUUUUCACGAAAACUGUUUAAAGAAUGCUUCAGAAAGAUUGUUGCUUUAUGAAGAUAUUAACCUGUUCGGGUACCAAUGCCUUGACAACGAGCUGAGAAGUCUAUUGUCUCCCUCACUGUCAUCUCUGCAAUAUGCAGAUCGUGUUGGCUUAUAUACGCCGAUAUUUUCUGAGGAAUAAGCUCGUUCAGUCCGUGUCCGUUGUAGGAGAUUACACCAGAACUCUGUGGAAAACAAAGAAGAAGAAAAAGGAGACAUGGUUUACAGAUCUGCAGCUAAAGCAUCCCAAAGAGGCUUGAGACAAAGUCUGAAACCUUUAGAUUUGUGUCCAAAUUUCCAGACAAAGCCUUGAGCAGAGUAGUUUUUCCACAUCCAGGAGGACCAAGCAACAAUGUUAACCUUGAGAAGCAAGAAGAGACAUUGGUUAAGUGCAUUUACACAAAAUCUCAAAGCUUGGAUCGAAAAAGAGAGAUCCUCCUGCAACUAACCUUCCUGGCUUAAUGAUGCCGCUAACAUCCGUAAGUAUGUUUAUCUUGGCUUCGCGUGUUCUCGGCUUCACCAAGACCUGAACAAAAAAGAGAGUCGAGCUCAACACUGGCUAGUGCCAAGUUGCGAUCUUCAUUAUGUUCUUGAGUAUACUCACUAAGAAAAUGCGCUUCAAGGAGUUCCAUAAAGUUGGAAGCGCCUUCCCUUCAACGACCUCACACUCUGCUUCAACUCCUAAAUGCUCGUACCUCACUUCUAUGCUCGGAAACUCCACACCGACCCUGCAAGUAACAAUUCAGUUCAUGCUCAAGUUUCUCAAACUCACAAGAUGACGUUCCAUGGCUCCAAGCUUGGUGACAUCAACGACCUUUUUCACUUUCUCCACAUCCUCUCCUUGUUCAUCGACCAGAGACGACCGCAGCCGUUUAAAAGUAGGCAGUCUCUGGAUCUCAGCCCAUUGCAGACCAUACUCUGCUUCAUCAUCCUCAAGCUCCUUUCUCGAAGAGCUGCUCCUGAAACUCGAUCCCAUGCUUUUUCCAAUCUCUGCAAGCUCCACUCUCAGUUCUUCUCCACCCAUACCUCAACGAGCUUCUGUAAUGAAAUGCUAAGAACUCAAUUAUGGGAGGUGCAUUUAUUUUCUUCUUCUUCUUAUGUAUGUGUAUAAUAUAUUAUUAAUAUAGAUUUAAUUGUGCUUUUGAAUUUGACAACAGUUAGGUGACGGAAGGUAAAAGUAA